GUCUGCCCUUCUUCUCCGAGGAGCCCCAGGACCUGGAGGUGGCAGCUGACACGCCCUUCAACCUGAGCUGCGGCGCCCAGGGCCCCCCCGAGCCGGUGCGGGUCAUCUGGCUGCAAGACGGGGCUCCCCUCAACUCCCUGGUGGACCCCAUGGCACGGGCGCCCUCCACGCUGUCCGUGAGCGGUCUGAACAGAAGCGCCUCGUUCUCCUGUGAAGCCCACAAUGCCAAGGGCGUGGCCACCUCCCGGACCGCGGCCGUGACAG